CAUACAGGAAGCAAUACAUCCUUUUUGAUCGUUCCCCUUUCUUGUUCGUCUUCCUGUGGUCGAAGCCCUGCCGCUUUCUCCGUCUUGAUAAUCUUAUAACUUAGCAAAGCCAUGUCCGCCGAUCAAAACCCUAGCAGCUCAUCGGCUCCGGAGCAGGCAGCAAAACCGCCUCCAAGGGAUUCAAGGAAGAAGAAGGAAGAUAAGAAGGAUGAAGAUCUGUCUGACGAGGACCUGGCUCUGAAGCAGCAGCUCGAGCUGUAUGUCGAACGCGUCCAGGAUGCUAAUCCCGGUGUCCAGAAGCUUGCACUAGAGAGCAUGAGACAAGAAAUUCGAUCAGCAACAAGCUCAAUGACAUCUGUUCCUAAGCCUUUGAAAUUCCUUCGUCCACACUAUGGAACAUUGAAGGCAUACUUUGAGACAAUAUCUGAUUCCGACCUAAAGAAAUACCUAGCGGAUAUACUUUCAGUGUUGGCAUUGACCAUGUCUGUUGAAGGAGAAAGGGAGAGUCUGAAAUAUAGAUUGUUGGGUUAUGAGGGCGACAUUGGUUCUUGGGGACAUGAAUAUGUACGGAACCUUGCUGGAGAAAUUUCACAAGAGUUUGCAAAACGCCAGUACGAUGACCUGCCCAUAAACGCCCUUAUGGAGCUUGUACAACAAAUUGUUGCUUUUCACAUGAAGCACAAUGCUGAGCCAGAAGCUGUGGAUCUUCUGAUGGAGGUUGAAGACCUUGAUCUGUUGGUUGAACAUGUUGACUCUACAAAUUACAAGAGAACAUGCUUAUACCUUACCAGUUCUUCCAGUUACCUACCGAGUCCAGAUGACGUUUUGGCACUAGAUAUAGCAUAUACAAUUUAUAUGAAGUUUGAAGAUCUUGCAAGCUCCCUUCGGAUUGCACUUCUGCUGGACAAUAUUCAGUAUGUCAAACAAAUAUAUACAUCGACAAAUGACCCCCUACUGAAGAAGCAAUUCUCUUACAUUUGUGCACGUCAUGGUUUAGCACUGGAGCUGGAUGAAGAAUGGGUUCCAGAUGAAAAGGAAAAAGAGGCCUUGCAAGAUAUUGCAAACAAUGGUAAAUUAAGUGAAGGCUAUCUGACUCUUGCUCGUGAUAUUGAGGUUAUGGAACCAAAAUCUCCAGAAGACAUAUAUAAGGCACACUUGAUUGAUGGACGAGCAAGUGCAAGUUCCAGCCUUGACUCUGCCCGGCAGAAUCUGGCUGCUACUUUUGUGAAUGCAUUUGUGAAUGCAGGUUUUGGACAGGAUAAAUUGAUGACUGUCCCCUCUGAUUCCUUAAGUGGACCAAGUGGUUGGCUGUUCAGAAAUAAGGAUCAUGGAAAAGCCAGUGCAGUUGCAAGUUUGGGGAUGAUUUUGUUGUGGGAUGUUGACUCUGGUCUAGUACAACUCGACAAGUUUCUUCACAGCAAUGAUAAUCAUGUUGUUGCGGGAGCUUUGCUUGGUGUUGGCAUUGUCAACUGUGGCAUCAGAAAUGAUUGUGAUCCUGCAUUAGCCCUUUUAGGCGAUUUCAUUGAAAAAGAUGAUACAAUUAUCAGAAUUGGGGCAAUUUUGGGUCUUGGCAUUGCAUAUGCCGGGACAAACAAAGAUGACCUAAGAGUCCGCCUUACUAGCAUUCUGGGAGAUUCAAAGUCACCCCUGGAGGUCCUUGUAUUUUCUGCCAUUACAUUGGGGCUUGUCCAUGUUGGUUCCUGCAAUGAAGAUAUCGCUCAAACAAUCAUUUUGGCAAUAAUGGAGCGCAGUGAAACUGAAUUGGGUGAACCCCUUACUCGCUUGCUUCCUGUAGCUCUUGGUCUUCUAUACCUUGGCAAGCAGGAUAGCGUUGAGGCUACUGCAGAGGUCUCCAGGACAUUUAAUGAAAAGAUUCGGAAAUAUUGCGAUGUUACACUUUUAUCCAUGGCUUAUGCUGGGACUGGGAAUGUUCUCAAGGUUCAAAAGUUAUUGGGCUAUUGUGCACAACAUCUUGACAAGGGUGACGUGCAUCAAGGCCCUGCAGUCCUUGGCAUUGCUUUGGUCGCCAUGGCAGAAGAAUUGGGCCUUGAAAUGUCUAUUAGAUCACUGGAACAUCUUCUACAAUACGGGGAGCAGAAUAUCAGGCGGGCUGUACCUUUGGCCCUUGGUAUUUUAUGCAUAUCGAACCCUAAGGUUAAUGUCAUGGACACAUUAAGCCGACUGAGUCAUGAUGCAGAUACUGAUGUUUCUAUGGCUGCGAUAAUAUCAUUGGGCUUGAUAGGUGCUGGAACCAAUAAUGCACGAAUAGCCGGCAUGCUCCGUAAUCUUUCAAGUUAUUACUACAAAGAAGCUGGCCACCUAUUCUGCGUUAGGAUAGCUCAAGGUCUUGUGCACCUCGGAAAGGGGUUAUUGACUCUAUCUCCCUAUCAUUCAGAUCGGUUUCUUCUAUCUCCGACGGCACUCGCCGGAAUAGUGACGGUCCUGCAUGCUUGUCUUGAUAUGAAAUCAAUCAUCUUGGGGAAGUAUCACUAUAUGUUCUACAUCCUUUCCCUGGCUAUGCAUCCGAGGAUGUUAAUGACUGUUGAUGAAAAGCUGAAGCCACUAUCUGUAACAGUGCGUGUUGGACAAGCAGUUGAUGUGGUGGGUCAAGCGGGACGGCCUAAGACUAUAACUGGAUUCCAGACGCAUUCGACUCCCGUGUUGCUUGCAGCAGGGGAACGAGCAGAGCUAGCGACUGAGAAGUACAUUCCACUCACUCCAGUUUUGGAAGGUUUUGUCAUCUUGAAGGAGAACCCUGACUACCAGGAUGAUCAUUAAGAGAUUUGAAGCACAAAUCUGUAUCUAACAUCUGGCGGUCUAUAAUUCAUUUCUGUGAAACUUUGAUGACAAUAUAUUUGUUGAGAGACAUAUUCUUGUGUGCU